AUCAUGUAUCCGUAUUAUGAGCAAGAUUGGAGUGUUUUACCGCCUGAAAAUAAUCGCAGAUUUAAUCCAGCCUUUAAUAUGGCCACCAUACGUCAGGCUUUCACAGAAGCUGUUGAAAGAGUGAGAAUGCCAACGCCCACACGCCUCCGCGAUCUUAUCCGACAGAUACGUGCCGCUCGUACUGCAGCAGAGGAACGAGCUGUAGUUAAUAAAGAGUGCGCCUAUAUACGCAGCACAUUCCGUGAGGAGGACUCUGUAUGGCGUUGUCGCAACAUUGCCAAGCUUUUGUAUAUACACAUGCUUGGCUAUCCGGCUCAUUUUGGUCAACUGGAGUGCCUUAAAUUGACAGCCAGUACGCGUUUCACAGAUAAACGUAUUGGCUAUUUGGGUGCAAUGCUAUUACUGGAUGAACGGCAAGAUGUUCACUUGCUGAUCACGAAUUGUUUAAAGAAUGAUUUGAAUAGCUCAACCCAAUUUGUUGUGGGUCUGGCAUUGUGUACAUUGGGUGCCAUUGCAUCACCCGAAAUGGCACGAGAUUUGGCCAGCGAGGUGGAGCGUCUCAUGAAAUCACCGAAUACUUAUAUACGAAAAAAGGCAACAUUAUGCGCUUUUCGUGUAAUUCGUCGCGUUCCAGAGUUAAUGGAAAUCUUUUUGCCAGCCACUCGUUCUCUACUUAGCGAAAAGAAUCAUGGCAUUUUGAUCACCGGUGUAACACUCAUCACUGAAAUGUGCGAGAAUAGUUCGGAUACAUUGAUGCACUUUAAAAAGGAUAGCGGAAAUCGAGAGAUCGUGCCGAACUUAGUGCGCAUACUGAAGAAUCUUAUACUCGGUGGCUAUUCGCCUGAACAUGAUGUGAGCGGUGUAAGUGAUCCCUUUCUGCAGGUGAAAAUUUUGCGUCUAUUGCGCAUAUUGGGACACAAUGAUCCUGAUGCAUCGGAGGCAAUGAACGAUAUAUUGGCCCAGGUGGCAACCAAUACGGAGACUAGUAAAAAUGUUGGUAAUACUAUACUCUAUGAGACAGUAUUGUCCAUAAUGGAUAUACGCUCUGAAGGCGGUCUGCGUGUACUGGCUGUGAACAUUCUGGGUCGUUUCCUACUCAAUUCGGAUAAGAAUAUUCGUUAUGUGGCACUUAAUACGCUGCUACGUACAGUUCAUGCCGAUACAUCAGCGGUGCAAAGGCAUCGCACCACCAUAUUGGAGUGCCUCAAGGAUCCGGAUGUCUCGAUACGUCGCCGGGCAAUGGAACUAUCGUUCGCAUUGAUUAAUGCACAAAAUAUACGUACAAUGACUAAGGAGCUGUUGCUGUUUCUCGAGAAGGCCGAUGCCGAAUUUAAGGCUCAAUGUAGUUCGGGCAUGAUAUUGGCCGCCGAACGUUAUUCACCCACAGCGCGUUGGCAUUUGGAUACACAGUUAAGCGUAUUGAUUGCCGCUGGCAAUUAUGUACGUGAUGAUGUUGUAUCUUCCACUAUUCAAUUAGUGUCAAGCAGUCCCGUGUCGGAGCAAACCUAUAUCACGAAUCGUUUUUGGGAAUCACUGCAGGUGGCAAAUCAUUGUGAGGAUAAGCAGCCCCUCUUACAGGUUGCCGUCUGGGCUAUAGGCGAAUACGGAGAUCUGUUUAUGUACGGCUCCAAUGAGGAUGAAUUUGAACGUCCCACUGAGAGCGAUUUGAUCGCUGUGUAUCAUAAGUUUUUAACCUCUGCUCAAGUCUCGACCACCAGUAAACAGUAUGCACUGGUUUCCUUAGCCAAGUUAAGCACUCGUUUGCAGCAAUGUGUUGAGGAAAUUCAAGCCCUAAUCACCUCGUUUGGCAGCCAUCUAAAUGUUGAUCUGCAGCAGCGUGGCGUGGAAUUCACACAGCUGUUUGGAAACUAUGAGCAAUUGCGUCCAGCGCUGCUUGAAAAGAUGCCAGCCAUGCAGAUAAGCAGGAUAAGCUCCCAAAAUGGAGAAAGCAGUGGCUCAUUCGAUGACAAUAGUCCCGAAUGGAAUGGAACAGAGGGCAGUGGAAAUGCAUUAAUUGAAAGCAAUAUCAACACUAUGGGUGAAAAUACGAACAUCCUGCUUGAUCUUUUGGGCAGCACAGAUUUGUCAGCAGGUGCUAGCGAUCUGGUGGUGGCCACAGAUCUGUCCAAUGCUGUGCAUAAAAAGAACACACGCAACGCAAAUGAUAUAGCACCCGUAUCAAAUAAUCAGGACUUGUUAGAUUUGCUCGAUUUGGAUAUGUCAGCUCCAGCAUUAUCUGCCACAACGACGACUCUUGGCGGCGGCGGCGAUCAUAGCAGUAAUAUGAAUAACAUGUUGGCUGGCCUUGAUCUGGGCGGAUUUGGUGGCUUGGAUAGCACUGCAGGCACUGGUGGACAAGGACGCAUUAGUAGCCUACCAACAAAUGGCAAUGAUUUGGCCAACAUGCUUGGCGGUCUUGGUGGUGUUGGUGGAGGUGGUGGUGGCCUUAUCGAUGGCAAUGGUGGCAAUCUUUUAGGUGAUUUAAAUCCAACAGCUGCCUCUAAUAAUGUAACAGUGUCUCCACCACAGAAUGCACCAAAGCUGACGGCACUGGAUAAAAAUGGUUUGCUGGUAGAAUUGGUUCCUGUUAUAGGCAAUGAUUGUAUGAAGAUCUUUAUGACAACAACAAAUAAAUCAGACAAUACAUUGGAGCAAUAUUUGUUUAAGGCGGCUGUGCAAAGAAGUUUCAAUCUUCAAAUGCUUCCGCCUUCCGGUUAUAUCCUGCCUCCAGGUGGUGUCAUUACGCAGGAAAUCCAAGUAGUUGCCACAUCGAAUGCUGUUUUGCGUAUGCGUUUGCGUAUUCAAUACGCGAUCGAUGGCCAACAGUUGGUGGAGGAGACAGAGGUUAGCGGGUUUCCGCAGCAACAGCCGUCCACCAGUGAAUAGAGAGACAGAGAGUGAGAGAGAGAGAGAGAGAGAGAGAGAGAGAGAGAGCGCAGUGGUGUAAAUUACAACAAAUCAAGAAGCCAGAAAAGUAAAAACAUACAACAACUAGCAACACGAAAAAGGCAGUGGCAUCAACAACUCUAAAACAUUUACUGUAAAAUAAGUUAACAUACACAAUGAUACACACACAUCCACACACUAUACACUUUUCCAUCUACUAUGUACAUCAGAUAGAUAGAAAAACAGAUAGAGAGAGAGAGAGAAAGAGAGAAAAUGAAAGCACAUUGCAGAUCGAUCGGC